GAAAUGCACACACCAUCAGUCGUACGUCAUGAAAAGCACAAUUUUGGGGAGAUAGUGGAUGGAUUGAGUCAUAGUUGGUGCAGUUGAGACGAAGAACAUUCCUCAUUAUUUGAAUACCUCACACUAACUUAUCUAUUGAUUCAGUGAUUACAAGAAAGUCUCCGUUCAAAGUGUGUGCACGAGUGUAAAUAGUAGAAAGAUUUAGAUACUAAUUACUUUGGUUGCGAUAAGAGAGUUAUACGUAAAAAUUUUUCGUCUGUUUAGCCUAUAAGAAAGACCCCGGGCAUCAUCGUGACUUUUCUCAUUUGCAACGCAUCAUCCAAACUGUGAACAAGCUUUUUGCUCCCAAAGUGCCCUGAUCCCCAAAAAAAUAAGAAAAGAAAAGAAAAAAUUCCCCGAGACGGACAAUAAAAGUGUUCAAAGUGUCGCGAACACGAUUUAGAGUCGUCUUCAAGAUAUACUCCAAAGAGGAGAUGCUUUUAUGACAAUUAAUCCAGCAUUAAUUAAACUUUGAGCACAUUUCCACGAGACAAACCCACCACCAAGUGAGGCUGACCAAGAGAAUGAAGACAAGGAUAUCGAGAAGAAUUCAAACGAGAGUGACUUUCCUGCUGCGAAUCCUCAUAUUUUUGGGUGUAACAGUAUUUUAUCUUGUGAUUCCAAACACCGGCAGUGAUUCGAAUGGACAUUCAUCGAGCUACAUUGUAUCUGCCCAUGCUGUACCCAACCGUCGCUUGGCGAGUUUUAUGGAGGACAUACCGCAAGUCCACUCAGUGAGAUUGAACCCAGUUACGCGAGUGAGUUCAGAGGUCAUCGGCACGGAAGAUGAAUUAAAUUGCACUCCACCCGCCAUCCAUGAAUUCCCAUCGGAUGGCUUGACCAGAGACCAGCGUCAGAGUGGAUGGAUUAUGGUGCAUGUUGUCAUCGUGUGCUACCUCUUCUGGCUCCUAGCAAUUGUCUGUGAUGAGUACUUUGUGCCAGCAAUUGAGUCAAUGUGUGAAAGUAUGAAAAUGAAGAAGGAUAUCGCGGGUGCAACAUUCAUGGCAGCCGCAUGCUCCAGCUCAGAGCUUUUUAUAAACUGCGUGGGGACUUUUAUAACAGAAGGAGAUAUUGGUGUGGGCACCAUCGUGGGAUCAGCCGUGUUCAACAUUCUGGCCGUACCAGCGUGCUGUGGCCUCAUUGCGGGGCAAAUUGUCAUGCUGGAUUGGUGGCCUGUAACGCGUGACUGCAUCAUGUACGGAUUUGCUGUUAUCGCCCUCAUUACCACCCUCUACGACGGAAAGGUCAUGUGGUACGAGGCGCUGUGCUUGGUUUCUGCGUACAUCAUUUACAUUGUUGCAAUUUGCUGCAAUGAUAUGAUUGCACGUAAAGCCCAAACCGUGGUACAUUCGUGCGGGGAGCAGUUUAAAUCGCCAAAAUGCACGGAGAAGCCAGCAAAGAUUGUGGAUGAGGGUUCACCCCUAAUGGAGGGUGUACAGAGAUUACAGAAUGGCUACAGCAAGGGUUGCACCGAGUCCGCAGUCAAUGUCAGCGUCACUGAGGUGUGUGCAACAACGGAAGCCGAUGAGUGGGUGUCUGUUAAUCCGUGGGAUAAGAAGGACAAAUCCACCUUCAUGUUCAUCUGCCGCUGGCCCAUUGCCUUUGUACUGUGGUCCACCAUCCCGGAUUGCCGGAGAUUCCCACGGCUGCGCUUUCUCACCUUCACAACGUGCGUUAUGUGGAUCGGCGCCAUGUCGUACGUGGUGGCUUUCCUCAUAACCGCCAUUGGGGACACCCUCAAUGUACCGGACUCAGUGAUGGGCCUGACAUUCCUGGCAGCGGGUACCAGUGUACCCGAAGCUGUGUCCAGUGUGAUUGUGGCCAACAAGGGGCACGGCACAAUGGGCAUCAGCAAUUCCAUUGGGUCAAACACCUUCGACAUUAUGCUGUGCCUUGGUCUUCCAUGGCUCAUCAAGUCGCUUCUCUUCCCCACCACUCCAGGUGACAAUUGGGUUUCGCUGAAAUCAUCCGGGAUGACCUAUUCAGCCACCCUCCUCCUAACAGCCCUCGUGGGACUCUACGUGUCUCUCUUCAUGAACAAAUUCAAGCUGGACUGGAAAGUGGGCGCAACAUGUUCCUUCUUCUACGUUUUCUUCCUCAUUGUCAGCAGCAUGUUUGAGCUCAAUUUCUUCUUUCCCGUCAAUCUACCAACAUGUGAUCACUAAUUGUUACCCACCCCUCACCCCCUUUUGCGUCUACCUCCAUCAAAAGUAUUUUUUUUCUAUUAAAUUCAUAGCUUUUUUCGUUCUUUCUCCACCUUCUUAUUUCUUUUCCACAUCUCCUCGUUUUUUUUUUAAGUGGCAAUAAAUCAGAGCACGACUUAGCAGAUAAAGGGGAACUUUUCACCUUUCAACACACUUUUCCUCCCCACUUUGGGAGCUCCAAUUUCGCUCCACUUUUUUUUAUAAACACAAUGGUACUCAAAGCACAAAAAGUGCGUGAUGAGAUUGCAAUGCUCAACAUUAAAAGCACAAAGACUCCAAUUUUUCGUGAAAAUUAAAUGUAAAUCAAGAAUGUUGUUAAAAAAUUAUUAUUAUUAUUAUAUUAAAUUUGUUGUCAGAGUAA